UCGGACGUCGUCGGCGGCGGUUUCGAGUUUCCCGCGGGCCGCGAGUCGGCUCAAGUUUUAAUUGCGGUUAGACACUGGAACGAUUAGGUCGUGCUUAUUUUUUCCCUCUAUCUCUCUCGUUAAGCCCACGCGCCCGCGCACUUUGAAAGUCGUCGCAUGUUGUCGAGGGGUGAAAAGUGAAGCUUUGGAAAAAGUGUUUUUUUGUUUUCGUUGAAAUUUUCGUCGGCGCGCCGAUCGUGGGUGAUAUUUGUUUUCGGAUUCCAGCUGGAUCAUUUUCCGUCCUCGGUGAAAAUGAGUACAGUGCUUAGCGGCUGCAGCAAGAAGAGAAAAGUGCCAUCGUGUGUGUAAUCGCUGUGCAGCCGAGCUUGGAAGUUUUUUUUUUCAAAGGUGUUUGUGAGUGAUUUUAGCAACAUCAAAAAAACCAAGCAAUAAAUUUAUAAAAUUCAAAUCUGCCAACACUGUGAGUAAUUGAAUGAGCAAACCGAGUCCCCUGUGGUACUAAAAAAUAAGUAAUACUAAAGCUGAUAGCGCAAUAAAUUGGUGCAUUUGAAGUUCGAUUGAUUGUACGACGACGACGACGACACGAGCAAAAAUAACGACAACCGAGGAGAAGUGUGAUAAGAGCGAUCGGCGAUUUUUUUUUUCGGGGAAGGUGACGUGUGUGAAAUAUUUUUUUUUUCGACAAAGAAAUAUAACAACAGCCUGAUUGUGGCGACGAAGGGAGUAACAUCUCUGUAAAUAGCAGUGCGUGUAUUGUGCGUUCGUUCGAGCGUGUGAGGGAGCUGUUGUUCCGAGAUUUGGAGAUUACAGGUCAAUAUUUGCUUCAACCUUGCUUGCUGCAUCACAACUUCGGAGGCAGAUGAUCAAGAUUUUUGGGAAGUCACGCUCGCACCACAAUUAGUCACCAUCGAUUCCUGUUGCGGCCACCACUGCUGGACGGUCCAGCCCGGUUCGUACCAUGUCAGGAACCUCGUACUGGAAGAUUCUGACCCGAAGGAAAGCCCUCACCAUCGACAAUGACGACGACAGUGGCAGCGGCGGCAGCCAGGGCAAACUGGGCCGGAUAUUGAACACGUUCGAUCUGACGGCGCUGGGCGUUGGCGCGACACUCGGAGUGGGCGUGUACGUGCUGGCCGGGCACGUGUCCAAGGAUCAGGCCGGACCGUCGGUGGUGCUGUCGUUUUUGAUAGCGGCCGCAGCCUCCUUUCUAGCUGGCCUUUGCUAUGCAGAAUUCGGAGCACGAGUGCCCAAAUCGGGCUCGGCGUACAUCUACAGCUACGUGUGCAUCGGCGAGUUCAUGGCGUUUAUCAUCGGAUGGAACCUGAUCCUGGAGUACAUAAUCGGUUCGGCGAGCGUGUCCCGGGGGUUGAGUUUGUACAUCGACACGCUGGCGAACGAUACGAUGAAGCUGCACUUCCGUGAGGUCGCCCCCAUGGAGUGGGACUUUAUGUCCAGCUAUUUCGAUUUCUUCGGGUUCACCGUGGCGAUCUUGCUUGGAGUCGCACUUGCGUUUGGACUGAAGAAAUCGACCAUGGUGAACAACCUGUUCACGGUUCUGAACAUCUUUAUUGUUCUGUUUGUGAUAAUCGCCGGAACGAUCAACGCGGACAUCUCCAACUGGAACAUCAACCCGGCGAACGUGUCCUCGAUAUACAACGUUGGUGAGGGAGGUUUCUUCCCGUUUGGAUUUGAGGGAACGCUGCGCGGAGCGGCCACGUGUUUCUUCGGGUUUGUCGGCUUCGACUGUAUAGCUACUACCGGCGAGGAGGUAAAAAAUCCAAGGAAAGCAAUCCCGAGAGCGAUUCUGCUCUCGUUGUGCACGAUCUUCCUGGCGUACUUUGGGGUUUCAACCGUGCUGACGCUGAUGUGGCCGUACUACAAGCAGGACGUCAACGCCCCGCUGCCGUUCGUGUUCAACGAAAUCGGUUGGAACUUUGCCAAGUGGACGGUGGCCAUCGGAGGUAUUAUUGGCCUCGUGGCCAGCCUGUUUGGGGCCAUGUUCCCCCAGCCUAGGAUUAUCUACGCGAUGGCCCAGGAUGGGUUGAUAUUCAAAGCGCUUGGCGAUGUCAGUCCCAAGUUUAAAACGCCAGUGUUUGGAACGAUGUGUGCCGCCCUGCUCACCGGGACGAUGGCCGGAUUGUUCGAUUUGAAAGCUCUAGUCAAUAUGCUGUCGAUCGGUACGCUGACGGCGUACACCGCGGUAGCGAUCUCAAUUCUCAUUCUCAGAUUUUCGGAAGAACCAAAGAACAACACGAUCCCGUCGACCAGCAAGCAGGCGUACGAGAACUCGAAUCUACUCAAAUCCGGCAAUCGGCUGACCGGGUCUGCCUUCAUGAAGCAACUGUUCUCGGCCGGGUGUAUGAAGGAGCCAACUCGUAUAUCAUCCAAUGUAGUUGGAAUUCUGGUGACACUAUAUUGUCUCGUUUCGCUGGCACUAGCCCUCACAAUCUACUACGCCAAACAGGCGCUCUACGACAUGGAACCGUGGGCCCUCACCCUGGCCGGCACGCUCCUGUCGGUGAUGUUGCUCGUGCUCCUGCUCAUGUCCGUUCAACCGCGCGAAUCCGGCGAGGCCCCCUUUCGCGUUCCGAUGGUCCCGCUGCUGCCCGCCAUCAGCAUAUUCGUCAACAUCUACCUGAUGCUGAUGCUGGACGUGUACACUUGGAUCCGCUUCGGCAUCUGGAUGGGAAUCGGUCUUCCCAUGUACCUGGCGUGUGCCUGUUGUCGUGGUAGUGUAGAGCAGGUCGAGGAAGAGCCUCGGGUGGGUGAGAAUGGCGACGUCUGUACCUCGGAGGGUAUCGAGAAUGGGGGGUUUGAGCAUGGUAGCGAAACGUCGACCGUUACGGCCAACGGGUAUUACUCGAAGAACUUGAGCAACGCGAUCAACGGUGAUGAGAAGGGACUGAAGUUGAUCCCGCUGGGUGGGGUUGAUAAGGAGGUGGGCGGAAAGGAUCAGGAUGUUCUGCAGGGCAGGGCGAAAUCAAGGACUCCGUCACCGAAGAGUAGUAUUGAUGAGAUUGUGGCAGUUUCCGAGAUGGCCGAUUUGGUAACGGAGAAGGUGGAACCUAGUGGGAAGGCAUACUUUGUAGAGGAUGUAAACGAGAAGGAGUCGGAUAGAUCUAGUGAAGAAACCAAUAAAGCUAUUGCAAUUCUCGAUGACAUCUUGGACGAUGAAGAAAAGAACGAGCACACUUACCCGUCGCUGGACGACGAAUCGCUGGCAAGUCCAGUGUUCCGUGAGCAAUCCGUGAUCGCCGAUAUCCAUCGAGAGGAUGAGAUUUCAAUGCUGGUAGAAGAGAUCUUCGCGGAAGUGGCGGCAAAUGCUGCUCAAAAUCAACCUCCGGUUGAAGAAACCGUUGAACCUCCCCCCAUUCGCCCAAGAGCGGCCUUCGUGGUUGGUCAGGAUGAAGACGCGGAAAGCCUGAACUCAACCGAAGAAGAUGUUCACUACAACCGAUUGGACAGUCAAAAGCAGAAACAGUUCAUAAAUCGGUUGAGCACUCUGCUAGUAAAUCCCAAGCAACCUCCACUCAAACGAAAAAGUCCCACAAACCUAACCGAAGAAGACGGUUCGGACAGUCCAAAGCUGCAGAAAAGUAGCAGCGAGCCAAACUUUGUUAUCCUCCUGGACAACAGCACUGCCACAAACGAAAGUGAAACCGACACCGCGGAACACUCGCCUCAAGGUUCCGUACCUCCGGCGCCAAAGUUCGACCAAGUCGUGUACAACACGCUCAAGCCUGACAGCGAACUGGUCAAGGUCACCUCGCCAAUCCCACCGCGAAGUCCCGUUCCCGAAGCCCCCAAAUUCGACCCCGUACUGUACAGCACCCUCGGGAAAUCCAAAUCCCCACGACCCUCGCUACUCCACUCGCCAACCAUCAAUACCUCAGGGUACAGCGAAGUGACCCUUCGCAAGCUUACCCAAACCCCGCCAGCUGUCGACACCAAAACUCCCGAAGCCACCGAGGACGACCCCGAUCCCUCGGCCAACCCUCGCGAAGUGUUCAAAUCCAAGCUCGAACAGCUGCUCCAACGUGGUCCCACCAACAAACCCCGUCCCCGGACGGUCGCGAUCGUCGAUCGCCAAGUUUCGUUUCCCCCACCCGUCGCAUCCGUAACGCCCACCCAACCUGCUCCUCCUCCGUCAACGGUCACCCCACAACAACCCACCGAGGUCACCUCGCCGACCGCCAACCUCACCACGCUCCGGCCGUUCGACACCAAGAAGAAGCAGAAGCUGCUCUUUGACGAUGUGAUCAAGGCGAUCACGCCGGAAACGCGACCGAGCGUCAUUCGCAGCUCGCUCGAGCACCGGAUGUCGUUUACGGAGUUUAAGAACGGGCUGAAAAAGACGGUGCCACCGAAGCAGUACCUGCCGAAUGCGUGAUUGUGGGAGCGAGAGAUUGAAUGAGCGAUGCGAACGUUAGAAGCGGUGCUUUGUACAGUUUAUUUGAUUAAUAGUAGACAUUAACGUAGAUAGUUAAAAAAUAUUUACUUACAACAAUGUUGGAUGCACUUCGGUUUUUACUCUUUCUGCUCAAUAUCUCAAAUGUGUUUUGAUAUAAA